UUCACUUGACGUCUAGUCUCUCUGUUGGGGUGCACACGGAUUGACCACUCCUUUGGGCUUUUUUUUUCCUUGGAUAUUUAGGGGGGAAAAGCUAAUCCACAAGCAUGACUGACGCGCAACAAGAGGCCCGCUCCUACCUGAGCGAGGAUAUGCUGGCUGAGUUCAAGGCCGCCUUCGACAUGUUCGACACCGACGGUGGCGGUGAUAUCAGCACCAAGGAGUUGGGUACCGUGAUGAGGAUGCUGGGUCAAAACCCGACAAGAGAGGAGUUGGAUGAGAUCAUCGAGGAGGUCGAUGAGGACGGUAGCGGUACCAUCGACUUCGAGGAGUUCUUGGUCAUGAUGGUGAGGCUGCUAAAGGAGGACCAGGCCGGCAAGAGCGAGGAAGAGUUGGCAGAGUGCUUCCGUGUGUUCGACAAGAACGGCGACGGCUACAUCGACAGAGAGGAGUUCGCCCUCAUCAUCCGCAGCACCGGGGAGGCCAUCUCAGAGGAAGAGAUUGAUGAGCUGUUGAAGGAUGGAGACAAAAACGCCGACGGCAUGCUGGACUUUGACGAAUUCCUCAAGAUGAUGGAGAAUGUGCAGUAAAACCAGAAAGACUCAUGGACAUUCCUCCUCUCCCCUGUGAACCCCCAUUCUGAAUACAUCUGAUUCCCCCAUUGACCCACUCAAAUUCCCCCUCCUCCCUCCUGUCCACCUGCCUCUCUACUCCAUCCUUAUAGACAUCCUCAACAGACAGCUAGGGCACCUGGUGAUGGGGGGGGGUCGCUGGCUGGGCUACACUCUUCCCAAGCUCGCUUGUGAUUGCAGACAGCCCAUGGAUGCUGCGCUGAAACUGUACCCAGUGACAGGAUGGCAAGGCUGCCAUGGGGAAUUUCACUGCACACAUCUUUCGCGGUAUACAUGGCAUAACAUGUCAUCAGCGACCCUCCUGCUGGUAAAAAUCAGAUCUAGACGUAGUCUAGACAGAACGGCAGCCUGUUACCUGCUGCUUAGACCAAUUCAUUCAACCACUCACUGUACAAAGAAGUAAUUUGCUUGAACAGAAUAAAUGAACUAACACAUGCUCA